AUGUCGUAUUCCAUGCAAUAUUUUCCGUAUCAACUUUGUGAUUUUAAUCACGAAAAUCUUCCUGAUAAAUACUCUACUAUUGUUAACAAAAUUAUUUCAAAAUAUAUCAACGAGGACCUUGCUCAAGGUCGAACAGAACACGAUUUGUUAUAUAUCGAAGGAAUCUACAAGCUAGACAAAAUUUCCAAAAUUGCUGGUACAAGAUGGAAAGAUGAACCAAAGGAAGUUAAAGACCUUUUUACGCUUAUCGCUGAUUGUGCAAAGAAG